AUGCCUGAAUCCGAUAAUACUGAAGAAUUUUGGCAACAUUUAAUUCAAGGAAAUGAUAUGGUCACCGAAGAUGAUCGACGUUGGCCGCCUGGUAUAUAUGGUUUACCUAAACGAAAUGGUAAAUUGAAAGAUAUAGAGCACUUUGAUGCAAUCUUCUUUGGAGUCCAUGCUAAGCAAUGCAACACUAUGGACCCUCAGUUAAGAAUAUUAUUAGAAGUAACUUACGAAGCAAUAGUAGAUGGUGGAAUAAAUCCAAUAGACAUUCGCGGUCGAAAAUGGGGUGUUUUUGUCGGUCAAAGUGGAUCGGAAGCCAUGCAAGCUUAUCAAUCGAAUCCCGAUACACAAAUUGGUUAUAGUAUGACAGGUUGUAGUUCCUGCAUGUUAUCCAAUCGGUUAUCACAUUAUUUCAAUUUUAAUGGACCCAGUAUUGCAAUAGAUACAGCUUGUUCUUCGUCAAUAGUUGCUCUUGAUCAGGCUGUUAGAGCAAUUAAAACAGGAGUUUGCGAGGGUGCUAUCGUCAGUGGUUCAACGAUUGAUGUUAAACCUCACACAAGCUUAGAAUUUGUGAAAUUAAGUAUGCUAUCACCUGAAGGCGCCUGCAAAUCUUUCGAUAUUUCUGGUAAUGGAUAUUGUCGAUCAGAAGGAAUCGUCUCAUUGUUACUACUUAAGAAAUCUCAAGCUAAACGAAAUUAUGCGACAGUUAUCCAUAGUAAAUCAGCUAGCGAUGGCUUUAAACAACAAGGUAUAACGUUCCCUAAUGGAGCUGCUCAAAGUCUAUUACUUCAACAGGUUUAUCAAGAAGCCAGAAUCGAUCCGCAAAAAGAGGUUAACUAUGUCGAAGCUCACGGAACCGGCACCAAGGCUGGCGAUCCACAAGAAGUCAAUGCUAUCGCUUCUGUCUUUAUUGGAGAAGACCGCCAGAAUAAACCUCUUUUAAUAGGAUCUGUUAAGUCGAACAUGGGCCAUUGUGAGGCGGCGUCUGGCUUAGCUGGUGUAGUCAAGGUUAUUCUGAGUGCUCAACAUGGCAUUUUACCCCCAAAUUUACACUUUAAUCAGCCUAAUCCAGAUAUUCCGGGAUUACUUGAUGGAAGUAUAAAAGUAGUAACAGAACCCACAACUUUCCCAGAUGGAUACGUUGGAAUUAAUUCUUUCGGUUUUGGAGGAGCUAUCGCUCAUCUUUUAUUAAAGCCUGAUGUAUAUCGUCAAGAUAUCGAUCGAAGUAAAUAUCAAGAACUAUCACUUAUUCUAUGUUCUGGGCGUACACGAGAAAGCGUCCAAAGCUUAAUCCAUCUUGGUCACAAAAAUACCGAUAAUCCGUAUUUAAUUAACUUAAUUAACAGUACGUCUGCUACACCGAUAAGUAAUAAUUAUCAUCCGAUGCGUGGCUUUGCUUUACUAAAUAGUCAAGAGUCUAUUCAAGAUAUCGAUCUUACUGUAUCAGAUAAGCGACCUAUCUGGUGGAUAUUUUCUGGAAUGGGAGCUAAUUGGAAUAAAAUGGGUCAGAACAUGAUGAAAUUUCCGGUUUUCAAAAAUACAAUCACGAGAGCACGCGAAAUAUUGAUGCCUAUAGGAUUAGAUCUUAUAAAUAUAUUAUUUAGUGAAGAUCCUAAUGUUUACGAUAAUGUAAGAGAUGCAUUUAUUGGUCUUGUAGCAGUUCAAAUAGCUCUUAUAGAUUGUCUUCGAGCUUGUGGAAUCGAAUACGAUGGUUUAAUAGGUCAUAGUGUUGGCGAAAUAGCUUGUGGCUAUGCCGAUGGCGCACUUACAGCUGAGACAGCUUUACAGAUUGCUUACUGGCGAGGACAAUCGAUUCUUGACGCUAAGGUAGAUAGCGGAGCCAUGGCGGUAGUAGGACUAAGUUGGGAAGAAGCCAAACAACGUUGUCUGCCAGAUGUUGUAGCAGCUUGUCAUAAUGCUGAAAGAGCUAUUACUAUUUCAGGCGAUCCAAAUCAAAUUGACGUGAUGAUUACGGAACUUCAAUCUCAAGAAAUUUUUACAAGAAGAGUUAAUAGUUCCGGCAUAGCUUUCCAUUCUCCAUAUAUUGCUAAAGGUGCAUCGCUAUUCAAAUCUGCCUUGAAGAAAAUUCUUAAAACGCCGAAGUUGCGCUCUUCGCGAUGGAUAACUACCUCAGUUCCCAAAUCAGAAAUCAAUGACGACUAUGCAAUGUACGCUUCAGCGAAAUAUUACCAUAAUAAUUUUAUCAAUCCAGUACUAUUCUAUGAAGCGAUGAAAGCUAUACCAGAUAAUGCUAUAGUUAUCGAAAUUAGUCCUCAUCAUAUUCUUCAAGCUGUUAUAAAGCGAAAUCUUACAUCGAAUUCGUUAGUACUUAAAACCAUGCGUAAGCAUCAUUCCGAUAAUCGUGAAUUAUUCUUAAAUUCGCUUGGCAAGCUGUAUCUUCAAGGGAUAAAUAUUGAUCCUUCGCCUCUUCUGCCUAAAAUCUCUUAUCCGGUGCCUGCAGGUACUCCGUCUAUUGCACCAGCAAUCAGCUGGGAUCAUUCUCAAACUUGGGCUAUACCUACUCUCGAUAUGUUCUAUUUAAAGAGUGAUCAAAACUCUUCUUCUGCUAUUACAUUCGAUAUCGAUCUCUCCGCAGAUUCGCCUGAUCAUUAUAUCUUAGGCCAUGUAAUCGAUAACCGAAUAAUUUAUCCAUUCGCAGGUUAUUUAUUACUUGCAUGGAAAGCGUUAGCUCGAUUAUUAGGUACAACCUAUACAAGGCUACCUGUUAUAUUUAAAGACGUUGAAAUUCAUCAAGCGACGUUACUACCAUCUACUGGUAUUGUCAAGUUUAACGUCGAUAUUAAAGUGAAAACUGGAAAAUUUGAAAUAGAACAUAGCAAUAAUAUAAUAGUUACUGGAGAAAUUAAAGAAGCUGAAGAGAAUAUUACUGUUAGUCAGUUAUCGCCAAUAGAUUAUGAAGAAGAGUUAAGAUUAUCUAAUGAAGAUGUCUAUAAGGUACUACGUCUACGCGGUUUUGAUUAUAGUUUAAGCUUUAGAUCCAUUCACGAUGCAUCACUUGAUGGAACAAGUGGCCAAAUUAUUUGGGAAGGAAAUUGGGUUACGUUUCUUGACGCUAUGCUACAAAUGUCGUCAGUAAACUUGAUUGGACGUAGUUUACGCUUACCAACACGAAUUCGCUAUAUUUCUAUUAACCCCACGAAACAAACUUACUACUUACAAGAGGAUGAGAUAGAUAGCCCUAAUAAUGAUGAAAUGCAAGAAGAAGUAACUAACUCACACCAUCAAUUAGUACAAUAUAUUCUAAAUCCUCAUACUAAUGUUCGAGUUUUAGAAGAAGUUGGUCCUGAAAAUGUACUUGUAAUUCUAUAG